AUGGCUCGUCUUUAUCACCGAGCUCAGCUGCCCCUGCAUAUCAAGCGCGCCAUAUGCGCGCACCACGUCGAACACCCCCAGCUGCGCCACGUUGACCUCGCACGAUGGUGCUUCACUCGUUUCGGAAUCCGCCCCGACCGCUCAACCAUCGGGCGCGUCCUGAAAAGUGCUGACCGCUGGGCUACCGAUGACACCAAUGACAACGCCGUACGUGUGCGCGGCGGCGCGUAUCCGGAGCUUGAGCGCGCCAUGGCACGGUGGAUAGCCAGGGCGGGGCCAGCUGGGGUGCCUCUCACCCUUGCGACUAUUCGGGACCAUGUUGCCUACAUGGCCCGCGAGAACGGUCUGCCGGCUACGUUUCGUUGCUCCAUCGGCUGGGUGCGUCGCGCAUUACGCCGCCAGGGCGUGAGAUGCUUGAGUGCGGUUGGCGAGGCGGCCGACCAGGACAUGACGGCCGUGCGCACCACGCAGGAGAAGCUGCCGCAGCUCCUUAUGCAUUUGAACGUGAGGCCACGCGACACCUUCAAUUUUGACGAGACGGCCCUCUACAUUUCCGUUCUGCCGCGGAAGACCUACUGCACGGGCCGUGUUGCGGGCAAGAAGAAUGGCAAAGAGAGGCUCACCAUCGGCUUCCUCCUCUUCACGCACUACAUCGAGCAGUUGGAUGCGGCUAUGUUUGCGGAGGGGCGGCAGAUCGUGAUACUGCUCGACAAUGCCAGCAGUCACACGCUCACGACACGGGGUGCCAUCACCGAGGACCUCUUCGGCUUCCGCACCCGCAAGCUCGAAAAUGUGCGACUCGUCUACCUGCCGCCUAACACGACUUGCUUCACCCAGCCCCUUGACCAGGGCCUGAUUGCAAUGGCGAAGGCGCGUUAUCGCGCACAUUGGCUGCGGAAGUUCACUGGCAUGUGGGCUGCCGAAGGCGCCACCUCCGCAGCGGCUCGUUUCAGGCCGAACCUCCGAGACGUGAUCGCGUGGCUGAGCGAUGCCUGGAUGAAUAUCCCGCCACGCACCAUCCAGAGAUGCUGGUGGCGCACGGGAUGCCUCCCGCGCGCCUGGGCCAUGGAGUUGGCGCACGUGGGGGCGGGCGCUAUCCGCGACCCUUGCACCGUGGCCGACAUCGGCCUUGCUGAGGAGGUCAACGACGUCGGCCUCCUCAUCGACCGGCUCUGCCUCGGAUCCAGCGCGAUGGCGGCGAACGAUUUCGUCGGUUUCGACGAGAACCAGCCCACUUGCGCGGAGCCGGGUGAUGAUCCGCUCGCAGCGGAGCCGGUGCCGGCCCCUUCGCAUGAUACGUGGGCGCCUCCCUCGACCAUGCAGGAGGUCUACGAUGACGCUGACCCUGCGUCCCGCGAAGCGAGGCGCACUGCUCGCGCGGCAUGCGAGAUGCUCAUCGGUUACGCCAAGGCGACCUGCACCACACCGCGGGACUUGUGCGCCAUCUUCGACAUUCGCAACCCGAUCAUCCGGGCGCGGAUGGAGCGCGCUAGCCCGCCGUUGAACCUCAACGCGACCCCGCCCCCCGCCAUGACGACUGCCUCCACCCCGGAGGCAGAGACCCCCCGUCCCCGUGGUAGGGUCCUCCCGGCGUGGAUGACGGUGCCUACGGCUGACUGGGUGGCACAGACUGCUCGCCGCCAGGAGCUCAUCGAGGCGGGUUUCCCGGCCGUCAUGAGCGGCUACGUCGCCGCCGCAGAAUGGAUGCGGAUGUGA